ACUACAUGCAAUAGGUGUGAAAAUAUACGAUGCAUCUACUGGUAUAUCUGAAUCUCAACUUGGUAUUGACAUAGGAAAAAUCAUUGGAAGGUAUAUUUUGUCAUGGUACAUUAUAUUUAGACUUAUGUUGGGUUUCAUAGUUUUCAUUGCAAAAUUGGUACAUAUAUAUCGAACAAGGCAUACAUCAAUGUAUGAAAAUAUCGAGGAUUUUCUUCAAGGGAAUUCCCUCAUGCCUAUAAGGUAUUCAUACAAAGAGAUAAAGAACAUGACUAGAGGAUUUAAGGACAAGUUGGGUGAAGGAGGCUAUGGUACAGUUUAUAAGGGAAAGCUUCGCAGCGGGCCUUUGGUAGCCAUAAAGAUGUUGGGGAAAUCUAAGGGUAUUGAAAAUUGACAAGAUUUUAUUAGUGAAGUUGCAACCAUAGGAAGAAUACAUCAUACCAAUGUGGUGCGACUUAUUGGAUUUUGUGUUGAGGGAUCAAAACGUGCUCUUGUUUAUGAUUUUAUGCCCAACGGCUCUCUUGACAGAUAUAUUUCCUCUGGAGAAAAUCACAUUUCCUUAACUUUUAGGCAAAUGUACGAGAUAUCACUUGCAGUGGCUCGUGGAAUUGCUUAUUUGCAUCAAGGUUGUGACAUGCAAAUUUUACAUUUUGAUAUCAAGCCUCAUAACAUACUUCUUGACAAGGACUUCACUGCCAAAGUUUCAGACUUUGGUCUUGCAAAACUUUAUCCUGUUGACAAUAGCAUUGUAACUUUGACUGCUGCAAGAGGAACGAUUGGUUACAUGGCUCCAGAACUGUUCUACAAAAAUAUUGGUGGAGUUUCCUAUAAGGCUGAUGUAUAUAGUUUUGGAAUGCUCUUAAUGGAAAUAGCAAACCGGAGAAGAAAUUUGAACUCAAAUGCAGAUAAGUCAAGCCAAAUUUUCUUUCCCUAUUGGAUUUACAAUGAAUUGAUUGAAGAAAGGGAGAUAGAAAUAUUGGGAGAAGCUACAGACGACGAAAAGAAAAAUGUGAAGAAGAUGUUCAUAAUUGCUUUAUGGUGCAUACAAUUAAACCCAAAUGAUCGUCCUUCAAUGGACAAGGUAAUAGAAAUGCUUGAAGGAGAAAUUGAAGACAUUGAAAUUCCUCCAAAACCUUCUCCAUAUCCAAAUGAAGUUGUUCAAGAUAAUGGAAUAAGCUCUAGUGAAUCUGUAUCGGAUGACGAUGUCACCGACUCGAUUAGUUUUGUUGGGGAAACUAUAGAAGAUCCUUUAUUAUAGUAGUACUAAACUACUAGAUAAUAAUGAGAGGUUUUAUCCAUAUGACAGGAUGAUUGUAUAAUAACAUUAAAUCGUUGCAAGAAUAAUGAGGGAGAAAAAUAAUACAAAAAAGUUGUGUGUAAUAGCAAUCUAUAUAUUAAAGAAAUUAAAGUUGC